GGCGCUAUAGUUCUGCCACCGUAAAAGCCUGAGGACGAGGAGUGUAGCCUACCGCAGAACAUAGGAGACGUUUUACUUUACCACAUCUCGACUCGUGAGCUGACCGUUUUAAAGAUAUCAUGUUCGUUUGAGGGAGAAAGCGGAUUCCAUACUGAUGUUACGGCCCUACAGUACCUGAGGCAGUGGACAUCUGGGGAGACGAGCAUCCACAGGAUUCAGUGAGAGGGAAGAGGUGACAUUCUAAACGUUAAGAGAAAGGAAUAGAACCGGACUUGGCACUGAGCCUUGGGGGACACCCAUCAUUUUUCGGGGACUGGACUGGUUGCAACGCCCUCACCAUUCCACCCUAAGCAGCGUUCUUGUUCUCCAACACGUCCUCCUCUGCCUGCAGGGCGUCCAGAGAACCAGGGCCUCCGGACCCACUCAGAGAAAAGCAGCAGCACAGUAGGGAUGAGCGAGUUCUGGCACAAGAUUGGCUGCUGCGUGGUGGCCAAACCUCCACCGAGGAAGAAGCGCAGGAAAAUCGACCGCAGCAUGAUCGGCGAGCCCACAAACUUUGUCCACUUGACACACAUUGGCUCUGGGGAGAUGGCAGAGGGCCGGGCCCCGUCAGGGCCAGUCCAGGAUAAGAUGAGGUCAAAAGGACCCAGUACCAACGGCCGCAAGAGCAUGUUAUAACUGCUGCCUACCAAGCAUGGAGAACCAUUUCCAUCCUCCUCUAUGCGCCCCUCUCAUCCCAAAUCAAAAGCAGCCACUGCAGCGUAACCUGUUUCCAUUGGAGCACUUGGCAAACCUGAGAGCGGACCCUAAUAGAGAGCAGAGAGGCUCUUCCUGGCGUCUGCAGGAUCUAUUUAGCCAAACAGGACGAUGGCCUUUCUGUGGUCACCACAAGAAUCGCCCUGCUCAGAGGAGGAUAGACUGACAUGUUUUUUAUGCUUUUUAAAGAAAAGUAUUUGUCUUUCUGAUGGACUCUGGACUUCCACUGUAUUUCAGCCAACAACGUUACUGUGUCUGUGCCAGCAAGCGUAUGGGAUAGAGCCGGGGAGAGUGUUUAGCUACAUUUGUUGACUAACAUGGCUGAUUCCAUUUCAGGAGGUGAAGAUUAUGUUCUCAAGGAUCACCUGAAUGUUGCAAACCAUUGACCUACUGCCAAACAAACUAUUUUGUGUAUCUGUCUAAUGAAUGAGGAUGCACCUUGUUAUUUUCCUACAGUGCAUAGUUAAAGGUGUCUUCGUGUGUGUUUAAGUGCAAAAUGCUAUGUGAUUUUGUUGCUGUUUAGAUACCAGUACUGAGUAGUGUUAUUUUGAUUGUACCAGUUGCUAUAGAGCCCCAUUUGGACUGCUACCCAGUUGCCAUAGAGACCCAUUUGGACUGCUACCCAGUUGCCAUAGAGACCCAUUUGGACUGCUACCCAGUUGCCAUAGAGACCCAUUUGGACUGCUACCCAGUUGCCAUAGAGACCCAUUUGGACUGCUACCCAGUUGCCAUAGAGACCCAUUUGGACUGCUACCCAGUUGCCAUAGAGACCCAUUUGGACUGCUACCCAGUUGCCAUAGAGACCCAUUUGGACUGCUACCCAGUUGCCAUAGAGACCCAUUUGGACUGCUACCCAGUUGCAAGCAUACAGGUAACUGCCAAACUAAGCAGCAAGAGCUGCCAACAAGAGCUGCCUUAUUGGCAGCAUAAGAGCUGCCAAUAAGUACCGUCAUUUACUGGUGUUUCCUUUUAUUUGAGCAGUUACCUGUAGCUGAUCACUGUGAUACACUGUUUACUAGCACCUACUCUGAAAACCCCUAACUAUUAGUCAGCAGGAAGAGUCUGUUAGUAACAGGGGUUGUUGAAAUUCGAAACACCCUGACCGUUACGGGGCUUUCCAGUGAUCUCUCCUGGAAUUACUCGGGAAUGCCACUCAUUAAAUCAACUGCAUCGAAGGAACAUUCCAUAAGGUAGUUUGUUCUCUUGUC